AAGGCCAUUUGAUCCAUGGUGCCUGUGCUGUUCGGCUCGUCGCACGUCCAAUCACGUGCCUUUCCUUCCCGUUCUCUUCGUUUCUCCUCCGCCGCCCGCGGCCGCUGGAACCUUCUCUCCGCCGCUGCCCACUCAUCAGUAAGAAGCAUGCGAUUCCUCCGAGGAUUCCCGCUCGGAUCUAAUAUCGAGGGUUUUGUGUCCGUUUUGUUAGUUCUCGAUCUCUACUCUCUAGCUGGGAGAUAAGAGGCCGGAAAGAACGAAGGAGGGAAGGAGGAGACCCAAAGAGAGAGAGAGAGAGAGAGAGAGCGGAGACCAUCUGGUGCAUGUGUUGGAAGAUCUGGAAUCAUCGCCGGCGGUGAAGUGGGAAGCCAAAUGUUCCGCAAGAACGACUCCGCCUUGUCCUGCUUCUACCUCUACUUGCUCUGGCUCUUCUUCCGCAAGUAGGCGACAAGCGAAACCCUACCCGAGAAGAGAGGAUUUCGGAGGAGAGGGCAGAAUUUGAUCGGAUUCUUGAGAAAUCGAAGUCUUGGUUGCGAUCGGAUUCUUGAGGAAGGAUGAUGAUGCUGGAUCUUAACCUUGCGUCUUCCGGCGAGUUGUCGGCUUUUAAGGAGAAGCCGCUCCCCGAUGAGGACUCUGGGACCUCCAACUCCUCCGUUCUCAAUGCUGAGGCCUCCAGCAACGCCCGCAAUGACGACUCCUGCUCUGCCAGGCCGGCCGCCGGCUUCCAGUUCGGCAUCCUGAAGCGCUCCGCGUCUGCGGUAAGAGGGAACGAGGUGGAAGAGGAGAUCGAGGGGAGUGGAAAUGAUGUCUCGCUGGAGUCCAGCUUCCUCACCAGGCAGCUCUUUCCUCCGGCUUCACCAGCGGUUCCAGAAUGGCCCCAGCUACCGGCGGUAGCGGCAUCUUCGUCCGCAUCAUCCAGGCAGCAUUGGUUGGAUCUCCGCUUCAGCCAGUCCGACGUUCCAGCGGAUGUCAGGGUUUUGCCGCAGCGGCAGCAACAGCAUGUCAAGAAGAGCAGAAGGGGGCCACGCUCUCGGAGCUCUCAGUACCGGGGAGUCACGUUCUACCGGAGGACCGGGAGAUGGGAAUCUCACAUCUGGGAUUGUGGGAAACAGGUUUAUUUGGGAGGUUUCGACACUGCUCAAGCUGCAGCCAGGGCUUAUGAUCGAGCUGCGAUUAAGUUUCGAGGAGUUGACGCUGACAUAAAUUUCAAUCUUAGUGACUACGAGGAAGAUCUGAAACAGCAGAUGAGGAAUCUUACGAAGGAGGAAUUCGUGCACAUACUGCGUCGCCAGAGCACCGGGUUCUCGAGGGGAAGCUCAAAAUACAGAGGGGUCACCCUUCACAAGUGCGGCCGCUGGGAGGCUCGCAUGGGGCAAUUCCUUGGAAAGAAGUACAUAUAUCUUGGGCUAUUCGACAGCGAAAUAGAAGCUGCAAGGGCUUAUGACAAGGCAGCUAUAAAAUGUAAUGGAAGGGAUGCUGUUACCAAUUUUGAGCCCGGUGCCUAUAAAGGAGAACUGCUUACUGAGGCUAACAGUGAAGCCACCGGCCAUGAUAUUGAUCUGAACUUGAGGAUUUCUCAACCUGUUGCCCAUAGUCCAAAGAGGGAUCACAAUUCAGUAGGCAUCCAAUUCCACUAUGGCUUGCUUGAAUCUUCUGACGCCAAAAAAGCAACGAUUGAUAGCCCUUCUUCCCUGUUGGCUGGUCAGCCGCAUCAUGUAUGGACUGCUCAAUACCCGGCCCCCAUUGAGGAAAGAGCAAGGGAGAAGAGGCCUGAGGUUGGUUCUCCAGCUCUACCCACCUGGGCAUGGCAGAUGCAUGGCCCUGCUCCAUUUUCGCUGCUCUCUUCUGCAGCAUCAUCAGGAUUCUCAAUUACUGCCGUCACAUCUGCCCAUCCUUCGGCAUCCCUGCAAUCCCAGUUCGACCCACUAGCUCCGUCCAAUUUUCUUUUCGAGAGCUGAACCCAUGUGCUUGGACUUCUGCAUGAUGUAUGCUCUCGACGCCAACAUCUCUAAAGGGAGCGGCGGAGGGUAGCCAUCUGCCAAGUAAUAAUACGGGGAUGGUGCUUUGUUUUCAAAUUUCCCAUGGUGCGAGUUCGGAUUUUUAACAGUUGUACGCCAGCUAACUUAAAGAGUGGAUGGUCGUGAUUGGAGAUUAGCUUUUGGCCUGCUGCUGGGACUUUGUGGGUGUCCUCGAAUGGAGCCUUUUUUUUUUUUUUCUUUGCCUUUUGAGGGUACGUGGAUUCGAAAGAAGAAAGACCGGCCAGUUGCCACUCUGGCUCCGAGCUCUCUUCUGGCUGGCCUGAAAGCAUCCUUCCUGACUGCUUGUUCUGAGUUCUCUUCCUUUAUUUAUCUUCUCAUCUCAAUGGAUUCCAGCAGGGCCCUGCUUUUGGCAAACGCGAUGCUGUGCCACCGUUAUUAUUGAUGGGUUCCCUUGCAAUAAAACUGACGAAGCUGUGCCGGAUGGUUUGUCUGGGCUUGUUUUGUUUUUUUACAUGGAUUGAUUGAUGGGAUAUUCUCAGUGAAGUAUUCUUGGCAA